CCGUUUUCUGUCAUUCUUUUUUUCUCUGCUUCUUCCUUUGCCUCAUUUCUCAUUUUUUCUGUGUCUUUGUCUGUGUCACAUGUUCCCAGAUCACGUUCUCCCAUACAAAAAUUAUCGACCAUCCCCAUACACUAACUACUACUAACGUUCUACGGCUCUAACACUAUCUCCAUAACUAAUACCAUUAACCCCUCACUAACUAUGAAUGAAUUACCUAGUUACCCUACCCCACAACAGGCAGCCUAUAGAAUAGAAGCACGUAAAAGUCCAAAGAUACGGACCACUUCUCAGCCUGGCCAACAACGUCAACAGCCAUUCGCCAACCCCAACAACAACCCCAACGUCGUAUAUCGUCCACCAGGUCCUAAGACUCUGCAUCUGCAUCUGCAUCUGCACCCUCAACAACAGCAGCCUCCACCUCAGACUCCAAAUCAACCAUAUUAUCAACAACAGCCUCAAUAUGCUCAACCUCAAUAUGCCCCCCAGCCUCAAUAUUACCAACCUCAACCUCAGGUUGCUCCACCAGCCCCUGCUCCAGUUGCUUAUCAGCAACAACCACAGUAUCCUCGUCAGUCAAAUCCUCAGUACUAUGUACCUCCACAACCACAGCAGCAACAGCAGCCACCUCCGCAACAUCCUCAACAACAGCAACAACAACCACCUCCACAGCAGCAACAGCAACAACAACACCACUAUGUACCUGCUCCGGAACACUAUCAGGACAAUUACAGCGAUGUCCAAUCACAAUCGUCCAGAAAGCCACCUCCUCAAUUCCAUAACAAAUCCAAAGAAUCACUUGAACCUUCAUCUAAAAUACUGAAAGAAGAACUUCGAGCAUUAUUUGAUCGUACCGAUACUAAUCGUAGUGGACGUAUUUCAGCACGAGAAUUAACGGCUUUACUUUCAAAUUUAGAUAAUUCUCGAUUUAAUGAUCAUACGAUUGUAUUACUUAUUAAACUCUUUAAUCAAAAGGGUUCAUCAUCAUCAGCUUCUUCACCAACGACAACAACAGCCUCUCAACAAGUUACAUUUAAUAGUGCAAGUCUUACCUUUGAACAAUUUUGUUCAUUAUGGAAAUAUAUUUAUGAUUAUCGUAAACUCUUUAAACAAGCUGAUAGUGAUGGAUCAGGAGAUAUAUCAUUUGGAGAAUUUCAAGAAAUUCUUGGAAAGAUUGGUUAUAAACUUAAUAUUGAUUUAAUUUUAAAUAUCUUUACUAAAUUCAGUUAUAAAGAUGUUAAUGAAUUUAGUUAUAAUAAUCCAACUAAUUUAAUUGGGAAAUUAAAAUUUGAUAGCUUUAUUGAAUUAUUAGCUUAUCUUAGUACUCUUACCGAUAUCUUUAAGAAGUAUGAUAAAGGUAUGGUAGGAGUUGCUAAUAUAAAGUAUUCCGAUUUCUUACAAGAGAUUAUUAAUAUUCCCUAGAUAGAUAGAUAGAUAGAUAGAUAGAUAGAUAGAUAGAUAGAUGUCUAUACUAACUAUAUACUAACUAU